AUGGAAGCGCAACCUGUAGAAAACACCUCCUGGGCGGCAACAACGCCGCCACAGUCUCCGGGUGUGGGUCCAGUUCAUCUCAAAGACUGCAUAGAAGAAUUGCUGAAGUUCACCCUCACUUCCUCCAUUAACGGCGAGCUCGACUUGGGCCUUUCAAAAGAUUACUGUUCUCAACUUCUGCGAGAUGAUGAUGACAACAAUCAUCCCCUUCCUCCUUCCUCCGAAGUUGAUCUUGCUAAAGGGGUUCCGAUGUACCCUCUGUAUAAGCACCUUGCAGCAUCCCUGCAUCAGUCUAUAUCUUCAGGUGCUUUUCUUCCGAUGUCGAAUCAACUGAAUUCUACUCAAGAAGACAGUUCGAUGAAGUUGAAAGAAGAUGAAUGGAUUAAGUUGAUCACAGAAAAAGGUUCUCUGUUGCUAAAUAUGUUGGCGAUAGUAGACUUUGAAUUCCAUGUUCAGGAGCCUUUCUUUACCCAGCUAAAAGAUGGAUGCAAGAUAGUUGAAGGAAGGUGCGCAGUUGGGAAAUAUAACAGAAUGCUUCCUGGAGCUCUUAUUCUGUUCAAUAAAAGUUUGCUCCUGCAAGUUCAGCAAUGCAAUCAAUAUGCUUCAUUUCAUGAUAUGCUGGAGGCAGAAGGUCUUCAAAGGGUUCUUCCAGGAGUGAAAACCGUACAAGAAGGAGUGCAAGUGUACAGGAACUUCUACUCAGAAGAGAAAGAAAGAUCAAAUGGUGUCCUUGCGAUUUGUGUUACAAAGCCAACUUCUCAGUUGUGCGAUUGCAUAGCCGGCAUAUUAUUGGGGCUGAGCUAUGGUGGUGUCCGGAGGAUGUUGAAUAUGGUCCAUACGGAGGGAACCUUUCAGGAAGGGCUUCCUCCACCAGCAUCUACCCUAGUUUCUUCAUUUUCAACUCGCCAUAACCCAUGUGUACUAUAA